AUGACAACUUCAGCAGCAUCGUCAAGGCGGCGAUGUGGGGCCGCCUACGACAGCAGCUCUAAGCUCUUGCAGUUCCAGCUGACAGUCAACAUGGUAGCCGUGAUUGUGGCCUUCACAGGAGCCUGCAUCACGCAGGACUCCCCUCUGAAGGCCGUGCAGAUGCCCUGGGUGAAUCUGAUCGUGGACACGUUAGCCUCCCUGGCGCUGGCCACCGAGCCGCCCACCCAGACCCUGCUUCUGAAGCCCUACGGCCGCAACAAGCCCCGCAUCUCAAGGACCCUGAUGAGGAAGAUCCUGGGCCACGCCGUCUACCAGCUCACCCUCAUCUUCACCCUGCUCUUUGUUGGUGAGAAGAUGUUCCAGAUCGACAGCGGGAGGAACGCGCCCCUGCACUGGCCACCCUCGGAGCACUACACCAUCAUCUUCAACACCUUCGUCAUGAUGCAGUUCUUCAACGAGAUCAAUGCCUACAAGAUCCACGGCGAGCGCAAUGUCUUUGAUGGCAUCUUCCAGAACCCCAUUUUCUGCACCAUCGUGGUGGGCACCUUUGCCAUCCAGAUAGUGAUCGUGCAGCUUGGAGGGAAGCCAUUCACCCGCUCUCCGCGGCAGAUGGACCAGUGGAUGUGGUGCAUAUUCACUGGGUUAGGAGAGCUCAUUUGGGGCCAGGUCAUCGCCACCAUCCCCACCAGCAGGCUCAAAUUCCUCAAGGAGGCUGGCAGGCUCUCUGCAGUCCUCUGUAUCUCUGGUCGGAGAUCCAGUCCUGACGCCGGCAUCCGCACUCUGAACCUCUAUAUCACAGCGCCUAGUCGCCAUGGUAACCAGAGCCCCACCCCUUGGGGCGCGCGUUUCGGCAAGGACAAGGGGCGGGGCCACGGGAGGGCGGGCCGUGGCCUGGGGAAGGCUCGGAACUUUAGUGCUUGCGGGGCGCGAUGCCGCCCGGAGGCUCUUGAGCCCCGGCCCGACGGCUUGCCAGCCCGGCGCCGGAAGUGA